UUCCUGGAAAGACCGUUUAAAUUGUUUUAGGACUUUGUCCUUGCUACAUUUGGAAUCUUUUAUUUUAAGAAAUAUUUUUAGUGGUUGUACACAAAAUUUGAGAAAUUUGUAUUUAAGGACUAAAUUUUUGGCAUCAAAAUAACUAUUAUUUAUUUUGAAUAUGAACAAUUGUAUUUGCAUUCUUUUUCAAGGCAAUAAAAAUAAAUUCAGAGCAACUCAGGCAUGAGACAGGGAUACUUAAACAUGGGCUUUUAUGUUAAGAAUAGUUUCUAAGUCCUGCUUGCCAAUUUCAAAAGAAUUACCUAUACUGGUAAUGUGUUGUUGAAACUUCUGUCAAAAAGUUAUUCUCUCAUUUAAAAAAUUAAGGAAUACUUUGAAAGAAAGAAAAUUAAGUCAAAAAUGCAGCUCCUGGAAGUAUCAUCUCCUAAAAGUUCAGCAGUCAGUUUGGAUCUUCUUAAUCUAUAUGUGGUCAACCAGCUAUCAACCAAAAAAGACAACACUGGUAACGUGAGGAAGCCAGUCCACGUUGAUAUUACUGAAGAUGAAAAAAAACCUAUCAAGAGACAUAACUUAGAGCUUCCCACAUCACCCCUACGUACACAACAUAAAUCAAACCUAGAUGAUCUUCAGAGCAGGUUACAAAAGCAAGUUUUGGACAGCAGAAGACAGCAUCUCUCAGAAAAAGUAAAACACCAGCAUAAGCUGUCACAAGUAAUGGAAUUAGGCUAUGUUGAUUCUAGUAUGGAAAAUGAAGACAACAUGGCAAGAGAUUUUAGUGCUUGUCCGUUGUCCUCCUCUGGUUUUCAGUUCUCUAACUGUACACAGCUUUCAGAAGAAAAUUUCAACACAAACCUAAUGGGCAACAUUUCGGAACAGAUCUAUGAAAAGAAGCUGCAAAACCAGCCAGGUAACAGCUUCGAUCAAGACCCUUGGAAUACAAAACCUCCAAGCCAGUGUAGUUUCAGGAAGUCUGAUACAGUGCUUCAGGAGCUGUUCAAGCCAUUUGAUAAGCCAGACUACUUGAAUUCUGCCAGGAAAAAUCCAGUGAUAAUAGGCAGUAAUGGACCAGAAAACAGUGAAGGAAUAAAAGAACCAAUAUUUGAUGCUGUAAAAGAAACUGCAGAACUCAAAGAUGGAAGUGGUUGUUCCUUUCGGGCACUAUUUGAAGAUGAGAGUCAACCAAUACAUAAUAAUCCUUCCACAAAGCAUUUUAAUCCUUUUUCUAACCAAAGCAAUAAUGACAUUUUUUUCACUGUUCCUGAUGUUCAAAAUCAAACUACCAACAGAAAUAAUUCUUGCGACCCUAGAAGGGUUUAUCCUGCAAUCAAUGAAAAAGAAGAUUCUGCAGACAGACCCCUUGAAGGCAUUUUCACAGCUCCAGAACAGGUUUUCCUUAAAAGCAACAAUGUGUCAAGUACAAGCUACAAGGAAACAACAGCAGUUCAUAAAACACACUGGCAGAACUGUCACGAGGGGCAUCACUACUUCAUGCCCUGUGAAAAGAAAGAAAGAAGAGCAAAACUUAAAAAAAUUGAGACAUUUGCUUAUCGCCAUGACCAGCAGAAUAGCUUAAAGGAGUAUGUGCAGAAUUAUUCAAGAAAAAAAAGUGAUGAAAGGUCUUUGAAAGAAACAUCCUGGAAUCAGAACCAUGUCUUUGUAUUUGAAGAGUUCACAACAGCACAAAAGAAAGGGUAUAAGUUUGGACUGAGUUCAUAUCUUCAUGAGAUAGAUGUGGAGUCACCACUCAGCAGCCAGUCUCACAGUUACUCUCCAAGGCAGACUGAGAGUUAUUUGAGCUCCAGUCCUGACACACCUGAAGAGGAAGACAAAGCCAAAAAGAAGGAAUAUCUGAAUGAACGGCCCUUGAAGACACAUGGUACCAAGCUAUUCUCAGGCUCAGCAAGCAGAGAGGCCACCAAGAGCUCUCACACCCAAAGUGUGGCUAUGAAGCCCAGAAGUACUUUGGGUAGAAAAGAAGCAAACAAUCUUCAGGAGAAGGACUCUAAUUUUUGUGCCACAGAGGAAAAUAAAACCCACACAGCCCUGUCUCAGGGCCCAUCACACCCUGCCUUUAAGAGGGAGCAUGUCACUAGCAGCAGCAGGUGCAAUGCUUGGUCGCAGACCGAGGGCUCUGUGACCGUAGAGAAGGUGGAUGUGGGCACCCAGUGUGGCACCCCGGGGGUGUGCAGCUGUGGCGGAGCCCUCCCCGCUGCCCGCAGCCCAGGCGAGUUCUCUGCUCCCGGCUCUGCCGGCCCCGCAGGAGGGCACGAACGGCCGGCGCAGGAGGCGCCGCAGCCCGCGGGCUCCGGCAGCGCGGCCGGGACAGACGCCUUCUCCUCUGAGACCGAGUACCUGAGUUUGGCUGGCAGGAGGACUCUAGAGGUGCUGAACUACAUUGAUAAAAUGAAGGCGAGAGAUAAGCAGCGAUCAACUAUAAUGCCAUGUUAGGAACACAAUAGUUUCAUCCUGUUCUUCAGUGUAUUUCAUUCAGUCAGCAUAUUCUGAUUUUUCUCGCAUGGUUAGGCAAAAUAUACUUUUACUGUUUGUUUGCUUUAUCUAUCAGUAAUUAGGGGCUUCUUUCUACCUACUGCUAUCUCAAAGCAUGGUUUUCUAUAGAUAUCCAAAUAUUAACAAAGGAUUUUACAAUAUCCUGGUAAAUAAAAACAUUAGGAAUUAUAUUGGUUUCCUCACCAUAUAUCUGCAGGAUUCUUUAGAAUUGAUUGACUGUGUUUCUUUUAAGGUAAUGGGAAGUUGUUGUUCUACUUCAAAAAAUAUUUAGUGUGGCUCUGAGUUCAGAGCCAUUGUCUGAUUCUCACCAGUUUUAACAGAAAAACUUGCCUUUGUCAUGUGUUCAUACUAAACACAAGAAUGGGAAACAGAAAAUGUACAUCUGCACACAUAGAAUACAAUGUAAUUUAAAAACAGCUAAUUUAUUAAUUUUUUAAAAUGCUCAACUUUCUACAGCAUUCAUUUAUUUUCUGGCUGUUAAUCUAAAAAAAAAUCUUCCAUGUGUUUCUGUAUUCUGUCUGCGAACUGAAAAUCUGAACUACUUGCAUCUUCAUUUCAGUAUUUGUGUGAAGCUACAAAUCACAACAAAUAAAAGUUUCAGAUAAUACUA